UUCCAUUCUAGAGAAUAUUUAACUUGGUAUAAAUAAUUAUUUGCAAAGAGUAUUUAAUUUAGACAUGUGCGCAGAUUAUAUGCGCAGUAAAUCAUCUGUGAUUUUAGCCGUCACCUGUGUUGUGUUGAUUUUAAACCUAGUUGUAGAGCUACUACCCCUGCCUUAACAUGUUUUCCUUUCAUAGACCUAAGGUAUACCGCUCCACUACAGGUUGUUGCAUUUGUAAAGCAAAAUCAAGCAGUUCAAGAUUUACCGAUAGCAAAAAGUACGAAGAUGAUUUUCUGGAAUGUUUCAAGUUGUCCACUCCCCGACAAGGAGAAAUAUGCAAUGCUUGUGUUCUGUUAGUUAAACGUUGGAAGAAAUUACCAGAAGGCACGGAAAGAAAUUGGAGACAUGUAGUGGAUGCCAGGGCCGGACCAGGGAUGAAAUCGAUGACGAAGUUCAAGAGCAAAGUUAAGAAAGCGAUGGAAAACAAUAUUGCGGCGAAAAUAAAGAAGAAGAAGCAUCGCUACGAGAGGGAGUACAGCCCGACCUUAUCAGAUAAAAGUGAUGACGCUGAAAUGGCAGAGCAGGUGGACUUUUUGGAGGAAGAUGGAGGGAGUGGAGGUUCUAGCAGGACGAAUAGCCCUGGUGGAAGUGACUGUGAGGAAAAUAACAAUUCUCAAGAAGGCAAAAAUCGUAGACAUAAAGCACAAGCGAAGAAGAGGGAAGGUCUGUCGGACAUUAGCGAUUUCAUUGACUUCAGUUAUUGGACAAGGGAGGUGAUAUGUUGUGGCACAAUAUAUCGAGGGAGGUGCGGAGAAAUUCUUUCAGAUCCAAGGUUCCUAAGACCAUGCAAAGCAAUGCUCAAAAGCAUCCAGCACAAGAUAGAGAAAAUCGACAAUCAUGAUUCUCCUACUAGCAUAGUUGCGCCUUCAAAGGCUUUCAGCGAUAACAGUUCAGAUUCAGGAUAUGAUGAAUCUUCAAACCCAGGGAUGAAUCCAAAAAACCAGAAGACUGGGCUCAAUAGCAAACAAGUUAGUAUAGAGCAAUUGAAUAGGCCAAUAGCAAAUUAUAAUAAUUAAUGUAUGCUCUCUUUUUAGAUUAGAUUGUUUUUAAUUUAUUGAUGAUUGAUACACAAAAUGUCUAAUUAAAUUAAUAUUGUUACGUUUGUGAAGGAUUUAUGCCUUUCUCGCAGCAAGGAAGCUGAUCCAGACUAAUAAAAAAAUCAAUAUUAUUUUUUUCUUAGUCUAGUAUUCGAAGUAUCAAAUCUUUUCGUACUUAUUUAUUGUGCAUAUAUUUAUCUAUAGUAAUAUAUGAUUUUUAAUAUAUUUUGAAAUUUUUAAUACUUGGGAAUUUCCAAAGAAUAUAUUAUGCAAUGAAUAAAAUUAUUUCUUUGGAACUUCCCCCAGUUAAAUUUUAUUUUUAUGGUAGAAGUGAACGUUUGUUGAUUUUGUAAUGUGUUACACAUAGAUUUAUUGAAAAUAUAUUUACUCUUAUCCAAUUCUCGUACUACAUACCAAAUCGCCAAUUGAGAGUUGUAUUUAUAUAGUGCAAUAGUGCAUAUGUGUCUUUUCGAAAUGAAUAAUUUAUUGAAAAAUGAUGAAUAUCCAAAUUUUAUUGCCAAAAAUUAAUACCUCUGUGAUGGUAUUUCACUUCUAUCAUUUUAAAAUGUUUAUUUUUAGUUGAAAAAAAAGCAAGGCAUAAAUGACUUUCUCUUGCCAACAGUACAAAUGGUUGAAGUUUAAUGGUUGCUCCCGAAAAAUAUUGCAUUUAUGUUGAACAUCAUUGAAUUUAAUUAACGUAUUUCUUUUGACGGCUAAAGGGUCUGACCAGUUGUGAAACUACCUUGGGAAAGCACAAAUAUUGUUCGAGAUCAUUUCUCGGAAUUAGAUGAAAGAAUUUUGCAACUGUUGUUGAUUGGGUCCAAAUGAAUAUGAUUUUUGAUCUUCAACGUUAUUUAUUUUACAGAUGCGUUUUUCACCCAUUCGGUUCAUAAUUUGUUGGCUAUUUCACGAUCCCAUUUUAAUGGGUUUUUUCAGAAACUCUUACCGACAUCGUGACAUCGAAAAAAGUCUCGCAUAUUUUUUUUUAUUCAUAUUUGUGCCUUUCGGUUGCCUGUAUCAUUUCACAAUCCUUGGAAUUGUACCGGUUAUCAAAUCCGAGUGAUAUGAUAGAAAAUUAAUAGUGUUUUUACAUUUUUUGAAAUUAUUUGUGUUACAUGCUCAACAUUGAUGGUUACUUCAUUUAGAGAUUAUAAAAUAAAGUUUUGAUACUACCACAGGACACCUUAGUAGUUGAGACGUUCUGUGAAGAAACCAUAAAUGUAAGAACAAGAAAAAACUUUAACUUUCCUCAAAAACAAUAUAAAUUUUCUAACCAUCUUGGUUUUGAUAAAAUUUUAAGGAUUGGUAUGAAGGGUUUACGGAGAAGAUUUAAGGAACAAAAAAUCUCAUUGGCAGAUUGCGAUCUUUAUCGAGUUCACUGUCUUCCAAUUAGAAAGGAGGUUCAUUUCUUAGUUUUUAGGAACUCUGCAUGAACCCAACUGUAUUUGAUUGAUGCAACAACCGAAAGGCACAAAUACAAUUAAAAAAAAUAGAAUAGAAUUUUUUCGAGUUUGGCAAGCGUUUCUGAACAUCAUUCUCGAAAUAUGUCAUUUCUCUUCAACUCUUCAAAUUUUUUUUGCUUGUAUUUAUGAAGUGAUAUUUCUCGAAACUAUAUGGCGGGUAAACAAGUUGGGGCUUAUGAGGGGUGCAUAAUUCGCACCCAACCUUGUAAAUGUUCAACAACAAUGAAAACGUAUUUUUUUAGAUUCUGUUGCCUUAAUAAUUUGACAAUUCUCUGAAAAGCUCCGUCUAUCAAAUCCAACUGAUAUAAAAUUUACAAUUAUUUUCAAUGAAAGUUUUGACAUUAGUUAGUGGUUUUUUCUCGCUUUGGUUUCUUUACACUACACCUCAACAACUAAAGUAUUCUUUGAUAGUAUUGAAGCUGUGUGUGAAGAUCAAUAAUUAACUUUAUCUCUUGGUUUUGAUAAUCGAUGUUUUUCAAAGGAUUGUUCUGAUGAAGGCAACCGCAAGGCACACAAAAAAUCCAAAAAAAAAAAAUAAAACGUUUCCAUUGUAAUUGUUUACAAGGUUUGCAGGCGUCUCUGAACUCAUCCAUUCAAAAUUAUCUGAAUCAUCGUCAAUGAAAUUACCAAACGCAACUAAAGGUGGUACUUCUUUUCGAUAGGUACAGGGCGGGCAAAAUU